AUGUCGACGUCGACUAAACCAAAGUCGUCUACCAAGCCGUCUUCCAAGGACAAGGACAAGGACAAGGACAGCAAGUCCAAGGUGCACAAGCUUGCCAUCAAGGGCAGUGCCAAGAUUGUAGCCGAAUUCGUGAGUAACUGGUCAUCCAUCUCUUGCCGCUGUGCAUGUGAGCUAGUCAAGAAAUAUGGUCUCAAUAUGCUGGUCUCGGCCGACGACCAGGUCAAGGCGUACAUUAAGAAGAUCAUGUCCCAGCUCGACAAGUGGAUGGUCCGCGGCAAGAUUUCCAAACUGGUGAUAGUCAUAACCAACAAGGAUACGGGGGAGCAUGUUGAGCGAUGGCAAUUCGAUGUUCAAAUCUUCCAACCGCCCAAAUCCAAGAAAUCCUCCUCCUCGUCAAAGGACACGGCCGAUCAGGAGAACAGCGCGUCGGCAGCCACCUCCCAGGACGGCACCGCCCCCGAGAAGUCCGAGGCCGAGAUCCAGAGUGAGAUCGCCGCUAUAUUCAGGCAGAUCACCGCGUCCGUCACCUUCCUCCCACAGCUCGACGGCGACUGUACCUUCAACGUGCUCGUGUACGCCGACGCCGACUCUGACGUGCCCAUCGAGUGGGGGGACUCGGAUGCGAAGGAGAUUGAAAAUGGGGAGAGGGUUCAGCUCAGGGGUUUCAGCACCGCCAACCACCGUGUUGAUACCCUUGUUAGUUACCGGUUGGGGGAGUGA